GAGGGAGGCCCAAAUCUUGUUGCCGGAGGGAGCCAGGAGGAAUCACUCUUUGAGAUUUGAAAGCUCAUGUUUCGAAAGCUCGAGUCGAAAGCUGGUGUUUCCCAACUUGCCUUCUCCAUGGAUGAACUGCAGCGGGCCAUGCGCAGAUCCCUAGAAGAUCUGAAGAACAAGUGGCUCUCUUUCACCAAGCCAUGGAGCAAGACCCAUUUCUGGUGUGCAGCUGUCAUCGUCCUCCAAUGCCUUCUGUGGAUCACUAUGCUCCGUUCGGAACAACCGCAGGCAGUUUUGGAGCCAGAAUGUGACCGAGCCCAACUGCAGGCCGAGGUGGAAUCUCUGAAGGAACAACUGGGAGCCGUGAAAAAGGAGAUGGAGAAACAGAGAAUGGAGAGUGACAGGCAACUGGCCGCUACAAACCGAACCCUCAGGAAGACCAAGAUGGCUUUGGAGAAAGAGAUUAAGGGCAGCAAUGAUCUGCAGACCCAGCUGGCGGCUGCCAACCAGAGCCUGGGUGAGACGCAACAGCGCUGGAUGUCCUGCCAAGCGCAACUGGACAGCACAAAAGGAAAAACUGCGUCUCUGGAGAAGGAAAGGAACAAUCUACAGCAGGAGAACCAGAAGCUCCAAGGGAAAAUUGACGGCCUUGUGCAGCAGCUGUCCAGUCAAGAAAGAGAGUUGGAGAGCUGGAGGAAUAACCAGCAAUGGGUUCAAAACCAGAUGCAAGUGGAACGGCAGAAUUACCAGCAGCAAAAUGUUGCCUUUGACAUAACCAAGAGCCCCUGGUUGAUGGCUGUUGUGUUUUUCUUCCUCCUCCUCCUCUUCCUCUUCCUCCUCAUAGUCUGUAUUGUCUGCCUAUGCCAGUGAAGUUGCUAUGGCAGAUAUGAACAUUCGAAGCGUAAAAAGCGACUUCUUUGGGGAAAGAAGCAUGAUCCAGACCCCUCCCCCCAAAAAAAAACCCCUUUAACUCAUCAUAUAUCAUUUCCCAGAAAGCCUUCACCUCUUUACAAGGCCACCAGGUGUGGUAGAAUAAACCUUCCCUUUCUUUACAUU